CUUGAAGGACUCAUGCCCUGUGGAGCUCAUACAUGCACAGUGCUCCUGUGUCGCUGGUACUGCCUUAUGCAACCACACUGUAGCUCUGUUGUAUCAGUCUGCACAUUAUUCGCAGCUGAAGACUCCAGUGGUCCCGCCUGUCCUGAGCUGCACAGAGAGUGAGCAGCGUUGGCACAAGCCAAGAACAAUGGGUGUGAAGCCAGGCCCAGUGGAUAAAAUGGUUGUCUUGUCUGCGAGGCCUAAACCAACACAGACGACGAUGGCUGAUGGCGUGAGGAGCACACUCUACAAGGCUUAUCAAGGAGAACUAUCAGACCUCUCUCUUCUGCAAGUGUCAGAGAUUUAUAAAGACAUGGCCUGUGCACCACUGAUUACCACUAUGGGCAUCUCCAGUGAGGUCCCGUUGGUGGACUCUGCACUUGGAAAGGUCCAGGCAGGAAGUCCACUGUCGUAUCAGCAACCGCUGACCACAAGCAGGCAAAUAACCUUCCACCCAGAUGCCCCUCCCCCACCACCCCUUCCUCUGCAGCACUACAGACUGGACCCAUCAAACUGCAUGUUCGUGUGCAGCGAAAAGGAACAGCUGUUUAUAGCAUCGUUGGAGACCACGUGGGAUAUGGCUCACAAAAUUGAAGCUGCAACCAAGGACCAGAGUAUGGUUUCAGAAUGGCAUCAGCUGAGAAGGCCGCGCCUCACCUCCUCCCACUUCAGGGAGGUGUGCCAUGUUAGAGGACCGACUUCAGCUGAACACCUAGCUGACAGGAUCCUGCGAGGGACUCCUCAGACACUAGCGAUGAAGAGGGGUCUAGAAAUGGAGGCAGGUGCUGUCCGAGAGUACUGUCAGAGCAAUCUUGUGAACUACUCACCAUGUGGGUUCGUCAUCCACCCUGAUGCACCCUGGCUGGGGUCUUCUCCGGAUGGAUUGAUUUACGACCCCACAGAAAGCCCACCAUUUGGCCUGCUUGAAGUAAAGUGUCCCCACGCAAAAAGCUAUGUUGACUGCUCCUACCUGAAGCUCGAGGGAGGCAACCUGAAGCUGAAGCGACAACACGCUUACUUCUGGCAAGUGCAAGGACAGCUGCUUGUCACAGGACUUGAAUGGUGUGACUUUGUGGUGUUUGCUGAGGAGGACAUGUUAGUCCAACGGCUCUAUAAAGACAGUGGCAUUGCAAACACCAUCAGAGAAAGGGCAGAUCAUUUCUUUUUUUACUUUUACAUGCCAAGAUACCUGACUAAUUGA